UUUCUGCUGUACCGUUUUUUAAGCUUCUCAAAAAAUGGACCUUGAGGCUUGAGCCUCUAUCGUGUUGUGACCAGUGGCCACAAGAAAAAAGAAAAACCCAUGUAAAAUCAAAGGAAGUUUACUCCAAAUGGUAUGAAAAAUCAGCUUAGGACAAGCGUGGGCCAAAUUGUCCAAGUCGAAGCCCAUACGAGAGAAAGGGCCGGUCCGGGAGUGUUUUGAGUGGGCCAUAGCGUCCCUGACUUUGUAAGCAGAGAGAGAGAGUACACAAGCGAGGCCUCAGAAAAAAUAAACCGAGAGUAGAGGAGCGUCGUGGGAGAGUGAGUGUGGAAUUGGAGGCAUGGUGGUGGUGGACGGAGCAAGCAACGUGUCGCAGCUUGGGGAAGUGGACGACCUGGAUGAAGAGCCCGGCGAGGUGAUCGAGUCGGCGCCUCCACUCUGCGUUGGCCAGGAGAGGGAGCUCAACAACUCAGGCCUCAAGAAGAGGCUUCUCCACAAAGGAAUUGGCUGGGAGACCCCUGACUUUGGCGACGAAGUCACUGUUCACUACGUGGGUACUUUGCUUGAUGGGGGCACUUUCGAUUCCACCAGAGAUAGAAAUGAGCCCUCGACCUUCACGCUUGGUCGUGGUGAAGUUGUUGAUGGAUUGGAUCAAGGGAUUGUUACCAUGACACAGGAGGAAAUUGCAUUGUUCACGGUGCCUCCUCAUUUGGGGUAUGGAGAAGCGGGCCGCCAGGGUGUUCCUCCCAAUUCGGUAGUUCAAUUUCAAGUGCAGCUCAUUUCGUGGAUCACAGUGGUGGAUGUGUGUAGGGAUGGUGGAAUCAUCAAGAAAAUUUUGGAGAAGGGAAAUAGGAAUGUGCAACCCGGAGAUUUAGACGAACUUCUUGUGAAGUAUAAAGUGAAACUGGUUGAUGAUACUAUUGUUGCACAAACCCCCGAGGAAGGAAUCGAGUUUUACAUGAAAGAUGGUCAGUUUUGUUCAGCAAUGCCAAAGGCAAUCAAGACCAUGAAAAGUGGAGAGAAGGUUAAAUUAAUUGUUCAACCCCAAUAUGCCUUUGGAGAUGUGGGCAGAGAUGCAGAGAAUGAGUUUCCAUUGAUUCCACCAAGUUCUGUGCUGAUCAUUGAUCUGGAAUUGGUAUCCUUCAAGCCAGUUAUUGAUGUUACUGGUGAUUCCAAGGUAUUCAAGAAGAUUUUGGUAGAGGGGGCAAACACUAUUGCUGCAAAUGAAGGUGCAACUGUUACUGUUAGGUAUACAGCUAAGCUGGAAGAUGGCACUAUAUUUGAGAAAAAAGGUUUUGAUGGAGAAAAUCCAUUGCAAUUUAUCACAGAUGAAGAACAAGUUAUUUCUGGGUUAGACCAAGCAGUGGCAACGAUGACGAAGGGGGAGCGGUCAAUUGUGACAAUACAUCCUGAAUAUGGAUAUGGAAGCAUUGAAGUUAUGCAGGACAUUUCUAUUGUUCCGCCAAGUUCAAUUAUAAUCUAUGAAGUUGAAAUGUUAGAUUUUGUCAAGGAGAAAGCACCAUGGGAGAUGAGUGAUCAAGAGAAAAUUGAGACAGCUGGAAGAAAGAAAGAAGAAGGUAAUCUACUAUUUAAGAGUGGGAAGUAUCAACGAGCACGAAAAAAGUAUGACAAGGCUGCUGAUUAUGUUAGUGAAUGUGGAAUCUUUGGCGAUGGUGACCACAAGGUAGUCGAAACAUUGCAAGUGUCUUGCUGGUUGAAUGGUGCAGCAUGUUGUCUCAAACUAAAUAACUUCCCGGGAGCAAUCAAGCUAUGUUCGAAGGUUCUAGAUAUUGAGUUCCACAAUGUGAAAGCUUUGUACAGGCGAGCACAAGCUUAUAUGAAAACUGCUGAUUUGGACUUGGCUCAAUUGGAUAUCAAGAAAGCCCUUGAGGCAGAUCCUCAGAACAGGGAGGUGAAAUUAAUGCAAAAGAAUUUGAAACAACUUCAAGGUGAGAGCAACAAGAGAGAUGCAAAACUCUAUUCCAACAUGUUUGCACCUAUGAGAAAUGACACUGCUGUAGCAACAAAGAAAUUGAAGGUUGAGAAAGCUGAGGAUAAGAAAGGAGAUGCAGAGGUGGUCGCAACAGAAAUGGAAAAAGUUGCUGUUAGUUCUGACAGUGGAAUGGCUGUUGAUUCUUGUUGAGUCAUAUUUUGAUGCAUCAUAUAUCUGUAAAGUAAUCCAAUUAUGAACAAAGAAGAACUAAUUGGUCAGCAGAAUGCUUCCAAAUUGACCUCAAGUAAAGCAAAGGGGUUCAAGAGAGAUGGGGUAGAGUGGGAUGCAACGGACUUGUAGUUGUAUGAUUCUGAUUUUCUUACGUUUUCUUGAAAAGAACCAAGAGUGAGUGAGAUAGAUAAAGGCAGAGGAAAAACUUACCAUUGGUUUGGCUCUGGUGUAGUAUGGAAAUAGCCAGCCAAAUCUUUGUGGAGUUGUAUUCUUGGGUUUACCUUCCUUUUUACACCAUUUUGCUAAAUAAUAGUAUUAUACAUAUCGAGAUGGAAAAUUUUGCA